CUGGGAUGGCACGCUGUCGGGUACCACACGGAUCGUCCUCCUCUUCCUCCGCUCCCUCCUCUUCUUACUCAGCGGGGCUUCAUGUCGCAUCCUGAGCGGGCUGUGGGGCGGACUGGAGGUAGAAUGGGCCGAACCCCCCGGUCCCCACUCUGACUCUGGACAUGGAUCAUCCGACUCCCCCGCGCACACACAAAGACAAUGAGGUCCAUCUGAAGGGGCCGGGCCGAUGUGAAGACGAUGCCACAGCGCCCCCUGUGGGAGCUGCAGAGCUGCUGUCCUGCCCCCUCCUCUCUCUGCUCUUCCUGGAUGAUGGAGGGAGAGCCCUUCACCUCUGCCCUCUCCUCUCUGCUGUACUCUGCCGGGGGACACUUCGUCGCCCUCUCCUCCUCCUCCUCCUCUUCGUCCGCCUCCUCCUCCUCGUCGGAUUCGGCCAUCGCUGCCAUGUCCCUGGAGCAGAAGACAACUUUCGCCUUGGUCUUCUUCCUCUUUGUGUUCCUCCUCAUCCUCAUCGUGCGGUGUUUCCGUAUCCUGCUGGACCCGUACAGGAGCAUGCCCACCUCCACCUGGGCUGACGGCCUGGACGGGCUGGAGAAGGGCCAGUUUGACUACACCCUGGCUUAG